UUUUUAUAUAGGGGUAUAAUUUGCAAAAACUAACACUUAAAAAAUAGAUGCGGUGUUUCUGAAACCCCUUAAACAGCCUUGAGGGGUGGACGUGCCACUGCGAAGGCUGGCUCGUACACAGCACAGCUAGCUGCAGGCGGAGUAGACUGGAGACAGGCGGGCCCGAGGGAAAAUUUCGCCGUAGAUGUAGCGUCCUUGCACCGAUCACCUAGUCUGCAAAGUAACGAAGCUAACCAGGUAUGUGCAGAUAGCUGUGUGUUACAGAAAUGAGCAACCAUAUCACUGGAGAGUGCCAGAGAACGCAAUACCAAUAGUAUCAACCCAUGCUCUGAAUAAAACCGGUUCAAACUCGAUCGACAGAACCAUGGCCGACAUACAGGAACAGGACUGCGGCACGUUGCCCGUGGUUACGAAGGAACAACAACAACAACACGACAACAACACCAGCCAAAACAACAACAGGCAUACCGAGGAAAACCACCAAAACGUCGCCGCGAAGUUGUCAAACUCCGAGAAAACGGGAGGUUUACAGGAAGGCGUUACGUGCCAGUGUGGCGGAGAUUCGACCAAUCAAGACACACACGUGAACGGCGCCGAAUCAUUGGCCAAAAGGGCGGCAAAUCUCCACCUAGAGUUGGACCUAGCCGAAGUAAUCAUAGACAAACACAAGGAACACACGAGACACUCGAGAAGUAAAGAAGAAGACACUGUGCCGCCCCCUAAACAGUCCUGGCUGCUGAGACUGUUUGAGUCCAAAAUGUUUGACAUGUCCAUUGCCAUAUCUUACCUGUAUAACUCAAAGGAGCCGGGGGUACAGGCAUAUAUCGGGAACAAAAUGUUCAGUUUUCUGGAGGAGGAUGUAGAUUUCUACCUGCCUCAGCUGUUAAACAUGUAUAUCCACAUGGGAGAGGACAUGGCUGACGCACUGCACCCGUACAUAGUCGCAAGGUGUCGUGGAGGUAUAAACUUCUCACUACAGUCAUCCUGGUUACUGGGAGCUUUCUCUGCGGACGCUAGACGACAUUCAAGGGGUAUCAAGUUGCGUAAGUUGAUACUGUCGGAGGAACUGCGUCCGGUCCGUACCAAACGGGAGGUCCUGAGGCUCCCCAGUCCGACCAGCCCGACGACUUCUCCGACAAAACGCACGCAUCAGCGCUCACGGUCCGACUUCGCGGCGGCCAUGAUGACAGGUCCGGCCGCCCUCCCCAGUAUCAAGCGUAGUAACAGCAUCAGUAAGGUCACGACGGGUGACCUCACCACCGGCCGCGCCUUCGACUCGGGCUGCACGUGCUUCGACAGUUCCAUGGGCGUCAUGAACGACUUGUUCGGAAAACCUACAGAAUGUGUCUGCAAUGCCCCUCGUCUACAGCCCAUGAGAGAGUUUAUAAACGCCCUGAUGGCCAUAGGCAGCAGACUGCAGGGUCUAGCCACCAGGGAACUCAGAACGUCCAGAUUGUACGCGGAGCUAUCGUUGUUGAACCUGAACCUGCCGGCGCGCGUGUGGCUGCCGUGUCAUCCCCCGCAGCAUCACGUGGUCCGCAUACCGCACUCCGCAGCCGUCGUGCUCAACUCUAAAGACAAAGCUCCAUACCUGAUCUAUGUAGAAGUUCUGGAGUGUGAAGAUGCCAACACUUGUCCUGUUCCAACCAAGAUACUGGAGAACACACUAAGGUAUACGAGGUCAGAGGAAAAUCUGCAGGAGUAUUUCAACUCAGACAGUCCAGUUCAUGCCUUCACGGUCCACCCUAACUUUGACCAGGACGAUGACUGCUGGUCACAGGACGACAUCGACCUGCAGCUGCAGUACGGGGACACACAGUUGGAGACAGGAACAGAGUUAGACAGGGAUGAACAUGAUGAGACUAUCCAUGGCAGCCCCACGACCCUCAAUAGUGACGAUGACUCAAAAACUGACGACACUAAACCCACGCGAAAGAAAUUAUGGUUUUGGAAUAAGAAAUCCGUGUCCAGUGACAGCGUGUCUCAGUUUUCCAUCGAGAGCUCCACGAGUAACGACAGCAGAGAGCCACAGUACAUCGCCGCCGCUGACGUCAGAAGAAGACUGUCGGAAAACCUGACAACACCUCCAACCAAGUUCAAGCGUGACCCAGAAGAUCCAUCAGCCGCUGCUCUCAAGGAACCCUGGGAAGACAAAGUGCGUAGGAUCCGCGCCACGUCGCCCUACGGACACUUCCCCAACUGGAGGCUCCUGUCUGUCAUCAUCAAGUGUGGGGACGACCUGAGACAAGAACUGCUCGCUUUCCAAGUCCUCAAACAACUACAGAACAUCUGGAAAGAAGAGCACGUCCCACUCUGGGUCCGUCCCUACCACAUCAUCGUGACGUCCGCGGAUAACGGAAUGAUCGAGCCGGUUCUGAACGCGGUCUCGCUGCACCAGAUCAAGAAGCACAGCCAGCUCUCGCUCUUCAACUACUUCCUCCGCGAGUUCGGAGACACCAACUCAGAGGAGUUCCUCACGGCACAGAAGAACUUUGUACAGAGCUCUGCAGCGUAUUCCCUGGUUUCUUACCUGCUGCAGGUUAAAGACAGACACAACGGGAACAUUCUGUUGGACAUGGAGGGUCAUGUCAUCCAUAUCGACUUCGGCUUUAUCCUGUCCAGUUCACCACGCAACCUUGGCUUUGAAAGCUCGCCGUUCAAACUCACGCACGAGUUUGUGGAGGUGAUGGGUGGCCUGAAUGGAGACAUGUUUAAGUACUACAAGAUCCUGAUGCUACAAGGGUUCAUCGCUGCACGCAAACACAUGGACAAGGUGGUGCAACUGAUCGAGAUCAUGCAGACAGGUUCCCAGUUGCCAUGUUUUAAGAAUGGUGUGAGCACGGUGCGGGGCCUGCGCGACCGCUUUCACAUGAACCUGACGGAGGAACAGCUGCAGCUGUAUGUGGACAGCAUGGUGGAGUCCAGCAUGCACUCUCUCACCACCAAGCUGUACGACGGAUUCCAGUACAUCACCAACGGCAUAUUCUAGAACCAUCACUGUCAACUCUAUCUUCUAGAACUUUGUUUAGCAAUGGCAUUUUCUGGAACAACCCAAUCACCAAUGGGAUAUUCUAGUACAGUCAUUGCCAAUGGCAUCUUCUAAAACUCGUUUAACAAUCAUUUAUGGCAUCUUUUAGAAUAACCCAAUCACCAAUUGUAUAUUCUAGAACAAACACUUUCUUCACCAAUUGUAUCUUCUAGAACUGUUUAAUUUUGGGAUCUUCUAGAACAACCCAAUUACGGACAGCAUAUUCUAGAACAAUCACUGUCAUUGCCAAAUGGCAUAUUCUAGAACUCUGUUUAACAAUGGGAUAUUCUAGAACAAACACUGUCUUCGCCAACUGUAUCUUGAAGUUCUAGAACUAAAUAUCAUUGCUAGUGGAAUCUUUAAAAAUCCUUAGUUCACCAUCAAGAUCUUCUAGAACAAUCCUGUUACAAGUAGAAUCUUCUAGAACAAAUGCAUUGCCAGUAGAAUAUUUUAGAACAAUUUUAUCAAAAACAGCAUAUUCUAGAACAGACACUCCCAUUGUCAACAAAAUCUUCUAGAACCCUGUAUUUACCAAAUGGAAUUUUCGAAUCUAGAAGAUUACAUUUAGUUCAACAAUGGAAUCUUUUAAAACACCUAUAACAUUGCCAACAGAAUAUUCUACAACACUAGCAUUGCCAAAUCGACUUCUAGAACAAUCCUUUCACCAAUAGAGUCUUCUAGAACACACUGAUUUCUAGUUUUCUAGAACAAUUCUAUCAUCAAUUGAAUCUUCUAAGUUCUAGAACAAACUCCUUUCCUUUGGACUAGAAUAUGGGAAAAUGGUUACUGUGUGCAGAAAAUAACUAGGGAUGUAUAGGUGGAAAAAGUAUGUACCAAGUGUUGUGAAAAUGCAAAUUGAAAGGAAUUUUGAGUAUAGAAGAUGAACGUGUAAAAGUUGGGUCCCUAACUUUAAAGGUAAAUAAGGGAGUGAAGGGAAGAAGUAUAUUGAAAUUGUCGAUCCUUUAUUGCUGUGAAAGAAAAGUGAUAUUAAACUCAACACUAUAAGGUGCUGCGAGAAACACAUUCUUGGGUCCCCAAGCAUUCAAACAGAUUGUAUGAAUUUCAAACAUCUGUUAGCCUGGUAUUCAGCCUAUUCUGGCUAUGGUUUGUUCCAACUAUUGCUUCAACACAGAAUAGUCUGGAUACCAGGCUACCAAAUCUGUAAGGAUUUGAAUGUAUAUUAAAUGUUUGUUAGGUUCUCUCAACGUGGAAGAUGCUCAUGCAAGUUACAAUGCAAACUACUCUGUAGCCUUAAAGGCUGUUGCUUCUUUUACUAGUUAUCACAUUUAUGAUAUUGUACAUAAACAUCAUAUAAAUAAUGUUAUUCAGUCAUGUACUGAAAUUUACAAUUGACAAUGUAAGAAUAACACAGGUCCAUGCAUGUUAUACUGAUAAACUAUAGAAAUUUUCAAGGUUUGCUAUCCAUGACUGAGAACUACAGACUGAUGUAAUGUUGCACUGUUAGGGUCAUCGGGUAUCUGACCUUUGACCUGACAAGGUGAUCCAUGAUUGGUCGAAACUAUUUCCUCUUAACUUUGUUUCCAACGGUCAUUCUUUCCACUUGGGUCAAAUGGGAAAAUAAUCUACAAGUGCAGAAGUGGUCACAAUAGUGCUCUUGAUUGGCUGCUGAGUUUAAUUUGCAUAUGUAGAUCAGAGAGGACCAUGCAUCUGAUUGGUCCAUGUAAGUUACAUGUACGCCUUUCGUACUAAUUUUGACCAAUUUGAGACUUCUUCAGAAAAAUGCUUGAAUGUACCUUUUAUAGUAAGAGAACAGGUGGCAGAAAUAACAUAAAAUGCUUCUUCUCUCCCUCUAUACAAAAAGAAAACCAGAGUUACAGUGUACUAUAUGGGAAAAGACUUGUACACUAAUGUCUUAACACUCUUUGCUAAUGUCUAAUGUAUAUUCAAUGUUAAAUAUAUUGAUAAAUGAUAAAUAAGCUUUGACUCUACCCUAUGGACCAUGCUGUGAAUAUGUGAAGAAAUGAUGCAAUUUACGUCAUAGAAUAAACACGGUUUUAAGGGACUUCCUGGUCAAGUU